AUGGCCAUAGUGGCGCUCUUCUCGACAAAGGGUGUAGAUAACUGUUACUGGCUCAAGCGGGCUCAGAUCCGAGUAACGACGUCGGCAUUGGGCUCAACUUCAGACAGAGAAAUGCGCUCCGACCACUGCACGGUCUCAGAGCAGACACCGCUCCUGAGGGAACAGACUCAACCCUCAGGCAUUAACACCCAUGAGCAUGAUGACAGCGCAGUCGACCCAGGGCAGGAGCCCCAGUUCAAGGAACUAAUUCUGAUCCUUGGGUGUAUAUGGUUAGGUGUCUUCCUGGCUGCAUUAGCCUCCUCUUACCUGAUCUCCAAUGCUGCCUUUCAACCGCUGAGCGGCCGAUUGACCGACAUCUACUCGCGACGCGCUGGUUUAAUUUUUUCGAACGUGUUCUUCGCUGCCGGGAACUUGAUAUGUGGGUUGGCCAAGAGCGAAGGUACCAUUGUACUAGGCCGUGUUGUGGCAGGAAUUGGAGGCGGUGGUCUGACGGCUAUCUCGACAUUUGUCACAUCGGAUCUGGUUCCUCUCCGCAAACGAGGUGUCUGGCAAGGCAUUGGUAACAUCUGUUAUGGAGCGGGAAGUGGACUCGGCGGUGUUUUCGGAGGAUGGAUCAACGACACUCUGGGAUGGAGAUGGGCUUUCUUGAUCCAGGUGCCCUUCGUUGUCGUAUCAUGCAUCCUUGUUGCCGUGACGGUGAAGAUACCCGUCAAGGAAACCGACACGGCCAAGUUAAAGCGGGUGGACUUCCUGGGAGCUAUCACCCUGGUCAUUACACUUGUCUUACUGCUACUCGGACUUAAUACUGGGGGUAAUCAGGUGCCAUGGACUCAUCCGUUAAUCCUCGCGACAUUGCCGCUUUCCGCCGUGUUUCUCUUCAUCUUCAUUCAUAUCGAAGCAAACAUUGCGUCCGAACCAGUCAUCCCUGUGCGUCUGCUGCUCGACCGGACCGUAUCCUCGGCCUGUCUUACCAACUGGUUCAGUACCAUGGCGAUCUUCGGACUCCUCUUCUACCUCCCCUUAUACUUUCAGGUUGAGGGCCUAUCGGCCACUGCUGCUGGCGUUAGGCUGAUACCCCAGGCGCUUGGGACAUCCCUUGGCUCUCUUGCUUCGGGGUUUCUCAUGCGUGCUACCGGACGGUACAAGAUAUUUAGCAACUUCUCCAUGAUUCUUCUCGUCGCUGCAGGUGGCUUGAUCUGCACACUGAACCUGGCAACACCUGCUUGGAUCCCUUUCGUCUACUUCUUCUGCCUAGGCACGGCCUACGGCAGCAUGCUCACUAUCACGCUCGUGGCACUUAUUUCUGCUGUAGACCACGAAUACCAUGCUGUCAUUACAUCCGCAUCCUAUGCGUUCCGCAGCACAGGCAGUACGAUCGGUAUCACCAUUGCAUCUGCAGUUUUCCAAAAUAUCCUGAAGUCAGGGCUGUGGUCGCGCUUCGGUGAUCGCGAGCAUGCUCGAGAAAUUAUCUCACGCAUCAGGGACAGUUUGGACGAGAUCAAUAAGGUUCCCAAGGAUUGGAAGGCAGGAGUUCUAGAUGCAUAUAUGGAUUCUUUGCGGGCGGUUUUCCUGACGUUACUUGGACUCAGCGUCUUGGGGGCCUUGGUCAGCAUGGCCAUGCGGGAGCACAAGUUGCACAACAAUCUGGCCCGAAGGGAUGGUGAAUAG